CCUCCUCAGCUCUACCUCACUCCUCCUCACCACCCAGGGAUAACCAGCACUAGAACCUCUGUACCCUGAGAGGCACACUACCACCCUCCCUCACCUCCCCCCAGCUGGCAUCAUGAUGGGAGAUGGAGUUGGGAACUGGGUGUGUCUGAGUCCGUCUGAGUUUGGUCAGCUGCAGCAGUACAGCGAGUAUUCCACCAAGAAGCUCAAGGAUGUUCUGGAGGAGUUUCACGGUGAAGGAGUCCUCUCCAAGUACAAUCCUGAGCAGAAGCAAGACGUUCUCAACCAACCCAUAGACUAUGAGGGUUUCCAGCUCUUCAUGACCACAUACCUGGAGAACGACAUCCCUGAGGAGCUGUGUCAGCACCUGUUCACCUCCUUCAAGAGCAAGACAGGGGGCUGCUCUCCUGAGGUGCCCCGCGCUGGAGCAGGACUGCUGGGUGAGAUCAGAGCGGAGAAGUUGAGGAGUCCGUCACCCCAGAAGGGCUCCCCCUUACCCUGCCCCCAGGUGGUGUUUCUGAAGGACAUCGUGUGUUACCUGUCCCUGCUGGAGAGGGGCACACCAGAGGACAAGCUGGAAUUCAUGUUCCGGCUGUACGACACAGAUGGCAAUGGAGUACUGGACAGCUCGGAACUGGACCGCAUCAUCAAUCAGAUGGUCCACGUGGCAGAGUACCUGGAAUGGGACUCUACAGAGCUGCGACCAAUCCUGAAGGAGAUGAUGGAAGAGAUAGACUAUGACCGAGACGGAACAGUUACUCUGGAGGAGUGGAUCAGAGGAGGCCUCACCACCAUCCCUCUGCUGGUCCUGCUGGGUAUGGAGACGAAUGUGCAGGAGGAUGGUCAGCAUGUGUGGAAACUAAAGCACUUCAACAAGCCAGCCUACUGUAAUUACUGCCACACCAUGCUGCUGGGAGUCCGCAAGCAGGGCCUCUGCUGCUCUAUAUGCAAGUACACAGUCCAUGAACGCUGUGUGUCCAAAGACAUCGCUGCCUGCAUCAGCACCUACGCCAAGUCCCGCAGACACACUAAUGCUAUGCAGCACGUGUGGAUGGAGGGAAACUCUCCCACUAAGUGCGACCGCUGUCACAGAAGUAUCAAGUGCUACCAGGGCUUAACGGGCCUACACUGUGUGUGGUGUCAGAUCACUCUCCAUAAUAAGUGUGCGUCCAACAUGAAACCAGAGUGUGAUGGAGGAGCCCUUAGAGACCACACUCUACUCCCAUCCUACAUCUGCCCUGUAGUCCUGGACCGUCAUUCUGUUGUGAAGCGGGGUGAAGGGGACUCCCCGCCCAGCACCAGCCCUGACGACCCGAGUCAAAGCUUCAAAUUCACAGGAGACGGACAAGCACUGCAGAUCACUCCUCUCCCAGGCACACAUCCCCUCCUGGUCCUGGUCAACCCAAAGAGUGGCGGGAGACAAGGGGAGCGGGUAUUGAGAAAGUUCCAGUACCUGCUGAACCCCAGACAGGUGUACAGUCUAGACCGAGAGGGACCCAUGGUGGGGCUCAACUUCUUCCAUGAUGUCCCUGAUUUCCGGGUGCUGGCGUGUGGAGGGGAUGGGACAGUGGGAUGGAUCUUAGACUGUAUUGACAAGGCCAACUUCACCAGAGAUCCCCCUGUGGCCAUCCUCCCUCUGGGCACAGGGAACGACCUGGCAAGAUGCCUACGCUGGGGCGGAGGUUAUGAAGGAGGCAGUCUUCUGAAGUUCCUGCGGGACAUAGAGCACAGCACAGAGAUGGUUCUGGACCGAUGGAACAUCGACAUCGUCCCUGUUGACAAGGAGGAGAAGGGAGACCCUGUCCCUAACAGCAUCGUCAACAACUACUUCUCCAUCGGAGUGGAUGCGUCCAUCGCUCAUCGCUUCCACUUGAUGAGAGAGAAGCACCCAGAGAAAUUCAACAGCAGAAUGAAGAACAAGUUGUGGUACUUUGAGUUUGGCACCACAGAGACCAUCUCCGCCACUUGCAAGAAACUCAACGAGUGUAUCGAAGUGGAGUGUGAUGGUAUCAUCCUGGACCUCAGCAGCACGUCGUUGGAAGGCAUCGCCGUCCUGAACAUACCCAGCAUGCAUGGCGGCUCCAACCUGUGGGGCGAGACCAAGAAGAGGAGGAACUACAGCCGCAUGAGCAAGAAGGUUCCAGACAGGAUGCCCGCCAGUACCGUCACCGAUAUAAAGGAGCUCAAAUUCUGUGUUCAGGACCUGAGCGACCAGUUGCUAGAGGUGGUGGGUCUGGAGGGGGCCAUGGAGAUGGGGAAGAUCUACUCAGGCCUGAAGAGUGCUGGCCGCAGACUGGCCCAGUGUGCUAACGUCACCAUCAGGACAUCCCGGCUGCUGCCCAUGCAGAUCGAUGGGGAGCCUUGGAUGCAGCCCCCAUGCACGAUCAAGAUCACACAUAAGAACCAGGUUCCCAUGCUACUGGGCCCUCCUCAGAAGACCCCCUUCUUGUUCUUCAAGAGACGCAACAGAAGUCGGGACUAUGACUCAGUCAACCCCAGCUCCAAACUCAGCUUCAGCCCCAGCCCCAGCCCCAGCCCCAGCCCCAUCAGUAAUGCCACACUGCCUUGGCAAAACACAGUGCCAGCAGCAUAUAGGUUCAUCUAG